AUGCCCAGUCAGCGCUAUCGAUUAGCCGAUCCGGUACACGAUCCCACCACAAUAGCUCCCUUGGGCCUGUCCACUGGUGGGUACCGGGAAAGCGAUGGUGGCUUGCCUAGGACCGGAUUGUCCAAAGCGGCUCCCCGAAGGCUGCGCAAACCAAGCAAGCCCUGUAGACACAUGAUUGCUGAAGAGUCAUUACACUGCUGCACUCGAUACGAUGGUAUUAGAAGUACGGAUAUGCGCCGGCACAGCCGCGAGACAAAUCGCGGGUUUUCUUACACUUCCGAUGGGCGGCAGUUACCUCUUGCAUACCAUCUUCGCAGAUGA